AUGAACGACCCCAUCGAGAUGGUAAAAGAUCACUGGAACGACUUGACCAAGCACGUCCUCGAGGUCGCGGCUGCUGGCGGAUUGGGGUCGCUUGACAUCGUCCAGUAUCUCCUUGUUGGUCGAUCCACGCUUCCUGAAGACAUUAAAAAAACGCUCACGGUCACAGACUUGUCGCCCGUGAUGGUCGGUCAAAAUCUGACCGAAGUAGCCACGGGAUCGGUGGAUCGAUAUGUUGCCGGUCUCUGUCUCCAGCUUACUCCAGACCCAGAUGCGAUGCUCCGCUUCACAAUCUGGGGGUCUGCCGAUCGCAGCGGUAUGUUUACUAUUAUCCCCGCAGUGAACAAGGAGUUAGGUUUUGAGGAAAAUGCAGGUAUGCACUCCUUUUUCACCUUGGGAAAGGAUCUUCUAUCGUUGCGCAAGCGCUUCGCUUUAGCUGGGUUCAAGAAUGUGCAGAUUUGGCCGUGCCAGUGUGUGGUGGAGCUUUGGAGCGCCGAGGACUUUGCCAAGUAUGAGCAGAAGGUGUACAGUAUCUCGUCGAGGAUGACGAGGUGA